GGGGGUAGAUGACACAUGGUUACGAACUGACUGGAAAUGAACAGCGGCAUCGCGGCACACCUGCCUAAUAUAGGUUUAUAUAUGAUAUGAUAUUCUAAUCAGAAUAUUUCAGCCUACGGAAAGUCAUCCAAUACUAGCACGGUAUUUUCAGGCAGCUUUUUCAAUUCAAUUAAAUGAUAUCAAGCAAAUUCCAUUAAAUUUUAAAUCUGACAUAAACGGCGAACAUCUAUAUAUCUAUCAUUCCGUCUACCAUACCCUUGAUAUAUCAAGGAACACGAGUCUCAGUAGGUCCAGAUGAUGAGAGAUAUGUCGUUGUAUCAUUGUCGUCGUCGCGUCGUGUCAUCAUCGUCGUUGUAUCGUCGUCGUCGUGUCGUUGUGCGUCGUAUCAUUGUCGCGUCGUAUCGUCAUCGUCGCGUCGUCGUCGUUGUGUCAUCGUCGCAUCGUCGUCGUGCGUCGUAUCAUUGUCGUGUCGUGUCGUCGUCGCAUCGUCGUCGCGUCUCAUCGUCGUCGUCGUUGUGCGUCGUAUCAUUGUCGUGUCGUGUCGUCGUCGCAUCGUCGUUGUGUCGUCGCGUCGUAUCAUUGUCGCGUCGUAUCGUCGUCGUCGUUGUGUCGUCGUCGCAUCGUCGCCGUCGUUGUGUCGUUGUUGUGUCGCCGUCGCAUCGUCGUUGUCGUCGUGUCAUUGUCGUCGUAUCGUCGUCGCUGUGUCAUCGUCGCGUCGUAUCGUCGUCGUGUCAUCGUCGUCGUUGUAUCGUCGUCGUUGUAUCGUUGUCGUUGUCGUCGUCGUGUCAUUGAGAGCAAUGAGCAAGGGAGAGCAGCGAGGGAAGAAA